AUGCUAUGCCCUACGUCCCCGACCCUGGCCUGCGCCCGUUCCUCCCCCUCACCAAAGCCCAACGGCAACCUUCCGAAAACUCCGUCAAACAUCUGGCAAAGCCAAAAAGGUCGCCGCCGACGUCGAUCGGCACCUCGUCCGCUCAUGGGCCAGGACAGGGUGCCGGGUUUGAGCUUUGGCGUAAGCUUAGUGGCUGAUGGGCUUGGCCUCGCAUCACGGCUUACAACUCUCGAUUUAUAUAACACCCCCCGGGGAGCCUCGUCCACUCUUGCUAACCAUUAUGGGCCUUUUAGUCAAACGCAUCCGACUGUAAGAUCCGUACAUUUGGUUGGUUCCUGGGACAACUUCUCCAAGCCUUACACAAUGGAACGAGACAUUCGACGAGAUCAUGGCCAGUGGCGCGGGUGCCACACCUUUAAGGACAUUGUUCUGGACGACGAGCUCGGCGCGAAGGACUCGAAGCGUGACGGCGGGUUGAAGAUGGGGCAGACCUACUACUACUACUACGAGCUCGACGGCACUCAGGAGAGCUACAACCCGGCGCAGCCAAGCACCACCCAGUGCCCUUACCUCCCCGGCCAGACUGUCAACACGUUGGACGUGCCGAGCGAGAUGGCCGAACGCAAGCGAAGCGCGUCCUUGGGCUCGCUGCGCAACAGCGAGUACAGGACCAUGAACCCCAACGACAAGUUUGUCACCCCUCGACCCCCGCCACCAGUUCCGGGCGGUCAGCUCCGCCGACUUGGAUCCGCGCCCGCCGCGCAGCCCCAGAGGGCGUUUUCGCGAUCCGGGUCCACAUCCCCUCCUCCGUCGUGGCGCCGCAUGUUCAACAGGAAGCAGUCGACAAGCCGCUCCACCGAGCGCGGCCGACAGUACGAGGACGAGGAGCGGCCCGUCUCUCCCUAUUCGCACUCGGACGACAGCAGGAGCACGGCGUCGUCCGACGGAAGCCGGACUCGCGACCUCUCCCCGGAGUCCCUGAGACGGUUCCUCUCCGACGACAACCCGUUUGCCGGCGCUUCCCCCAGCCCCUACGGACGGCCCACCGUCGCCAUCCCUGAUGACAUUGCCGAGGAGAACGACGAUGACGAGAACUUCGCCAACUCGGCGCUCUCCGAGAUCAACCCGUACACGACCAGCCUGUCACCACCGCCUUUCAAGCGCUGCCAUUCCGACAGCACACUUCCCAGCGUCAACCGCGCCAAGGUCCUCACGCGCGAGAAGAAGUACUCGCCGCUUCCCCCGCUCCCGGUAAAGGAGUUGCGGGAGCUGGAGAGUGCCCCGCCUGCCUCCCGCUUCUCCUUCUCGUCCGACUCGAGCGUCGCUUCCUCGGUCGGGCCCGUCUCUCCCGAGGACGACAUCCCCUCCUUCUACGACUCGGCCGAGGAGGAUCGCUACUCCAACGAGAGCGAUGCCAACUACGUUCAGCCCCUGUCGCUGCCCAGCACGAGAAAGCCGUCUCUGGAGCAGAACUAUAGCUUGCCCCGCGCGCCCGGCAUCAAGCGGCAUCCCCGUGUUCAGCCUGUCGUGGCUGCUCCUCCCGACCACGGCCUCAACGACCUGGUCAACGAGAUGGGCUGGAUGGUCGACAUCAUCCGCGGCAAGGGCAUCUAA